UUUAAUUCACGCAUUCAUUGCCAGAAAUGAAGUCAAUCCUCUUUUUCUGUGUGUUUGCAGUAUUUUCAGUCGUUUUCGGCGAAGAAAUGUCUGGAAAUUUGUUGAGCGAAACGAUUCCAGCGGUCGCUAAGUCGGCGUCCGUCGGAUCAGGCAUUGAGAACAUCCGAAGCGGUGAUAAUCAACAAAAAAUAAUAGUGAUUGAAAGAGAGGUGAAGCAGAACUCGGUUCCCAAUCCCGUGGCAACACUCAUAUUGAACCGACCGGUUGUGGUCAACAGACCCGUUGGGACCCACAACAGGCCGUCCGCUUCCAUCAGUGAAGUGCCGGCACUCUCUCUGAACGUGCCAUCAGUUGGUGUCGUGAAUGUGCCGUCGGUUGCGGUGAAUGUGCCGUCGAGUGCGCCCGCCGUCCAGAACACUGUU